GAUUGUAGCAUGAUGGGGGAAGAUUCUUCUCUGGGCAGAGGGGCCACCCCUCAGCUGCCGCCUGAGCUGGCAGGACAAGAGGUGAUUCAGCACUUCUUGGCUGAGAACAGGGACCUCAAAGAAGCCAUCCGGCAGAGUAACCACAUGCUACGGGAGCGCUACCGGGAGUUCCUACAGUUCCAUGAUUCCCACAAGGAGGAGAAGGACUUCCUCAUGCGCAAGUUCCAGGAGGCCCGGGCCGUUGUGGCAAGCCUGCAGUUGGAACGGGAAGAACUGAGAAGGCGGCUGGAGCAGGCAGUUGGAGAGCUGAAGCCACUGAAGAGCCAACAGGCUGCUUCUCCGCCAUCUUCUCCAGAGAAGGGGACCUCUGGAGCACAGGAAGAGCCAGAUGCUGUGACCCUUACUCAAGAAGAGGCCAUACUUGUCAAGGUCCCUGAAAUACCAACCCAGCAGAAAGAGGGGCUGAAGGGAGAUCUGAAGGCGCUCCAAGAAGCCAACGAGGCCCUGGAGAAGGAGAAGCUGGCCUUGCAAGCUGUGAUCUGCACACUGCAACAAGCGGCAAAGGGCUCAAGGCCCUCAGAAGAGUCUCAAGUGAAGAUUAAAGAGAACGGUCUUCCGGCAGAGCGCCCUCUGGAGAUGGAGUCUUUCCAGGGUUCGGGGGGUGACAGGAGGGGUUCUGGUGGGGAACGGGCAGAGCAGCUGGGACAGAAGCUGAAGGAGUCGGAGGAGGAGAAAGCAGCUCUUCGCCAACAGCUGGCUUUGGCCCAGGAGGAGUCGACCCGCUUAGCGGCCCGGCAGCAAGAGACCCAGCAGCAGUUGCAGCAGGUUGGGGAGGACAAGGUCUCCUUGAAAGCCCAGGUCACCUCGCUGCUGGGGGAACUGCGGGAGAGCCAGAGCCGGCUGGAGACCAGCAUGCAGGAGAAGAAGGAGCUGGAGGAAAGGGUCUGUGGGGCCGGCGAGCAGCUGCAGCACCUGGAAAAGGAGGCGGAGGCCCGCACCAAGCAGCACAGCGUUCAGGUAGACCAACUGCGGCUGAAAGUGCAGGACCUGGAGAGCGCCCUGCGGGUGGAGAGGCAGAGCGCCACGGAGGAGAAGAAAAAACUUGCCCAGCUCCAGGGGGCUUAUCACCAACUCUUCCAGGAGUACGAUACCCACAUCAAAGCCAGCAUGGAGAACGAGAAGCGAAUCAAGGUCUUGGACCAGCAGGUUGCCGAGCUGUCUGACCAGCUGCAGCAAGCAGAGGAGGCCCUGGUGGCCAAGCAGGAGCUGAUCGACAAGCUGAAGGAGGAGGCCGAGCAGCACAAAACAAUCAUGGAAACGGUGCCAGUGCUCAAGGCACAGGCGGAUAUCUACAAGACUGACUUCCUGGCGGAGCGUCACGCUCGGGAGAAGCUCCACGAACAGCGAGAGGCCCUGCUGGAGCAGCUGGCACAGCUGCAGAGGGACUGCGAGAAGCUGAAAGCCGACUCGGAGGGGGCCAGCCGGGCUCUGAUGGAGGAGAUGAGGAAUCGCCAUGCGGAGAUGCGCCCCCCGCCUUCUCAGACACCUUACAUGAUGGGCGCCGCCCAGUUCCACCCCCAGCUGACCACGGGGCCAAGGCACAGCAUGGCCGAAGAGCAGCCGGAUUACUGCUGCCCCAAAUGCCAGUACCAGGCUCCGGACAUGGACACGCUACAAAUCCACAUCAUGGACUGCAUCCUGUGAUGGCGAGGAAGGGAGUGUU